CGCCCGCUCCCGACCCUCUGUCCCGGGCCUGGCCCGUGCGCGUCCGCCUGCUGAACCUGGGCACUGCCGGGCGCCUGGGCACGGGACUGGGCGGGGGCGCUGACCUCGGCCUAGGAGGCCUGGGAUCCCCGAGCCACCCGCGGGGGCCUGGGAGUCGCACGCCCUCCUCGAACCUGUGCUGCUCGCUGCUGCUCGGCGGGGCGCGGCCAGGUGCCCCCCUCUCUCCCUCUCUUGUCUCCCUCCCCCACCCCGGUGCCCGCAGGUCGUCCUGUCCGCCCGCCCCGUCUCGCAGGGGUGUAGCCCGCUGCGGAGCUGACAGCCGCUCCGCGGCCACCCAGCCCAAACUCUCCGGAAGCGGCCCGAGCCGACAGGGCGCUCAGGCCGUCGCAGCUCCGGCGGACCCACUAUUGGACCAGAGGCGCCGGCCCUCCUCCUGCGCCCAAACUUGGAGCACUUGACCUUUGGCUGCCAGAGGAGGCCAACUCGCGAGUGGCUGGACAGCUGCGGCACCUCGAGGGCAUCUUGCCUGGGGUUCCAGGACCGUCGGCUGCACUCCGGGGCUCCCGGCUUUGCCUCUGGGAUCCCGAGGUGGCCAGAGCCGGCGCAUGGUGACUGAGACCGGGAGUCAUGGAUGUGUGCGCCCGUCUCGCCCUGUGGCUCCUCUGGGGGCUCCUCCUGCAUCACGGCCAGAGCCUCAGCCAAAGCCACAGCGAGAAGGCGACCGGAACUGGCUCAGGGGCCGGUUCUGAGGAGUCCACUGCAGCAGAGUUUUGCCGGAUUGACAAGCCCCUGUGCCACAGCGAGGAUGAGAAGCUCAGCUUCGAUGCCGUCCGCAGCAUCCACAAGCUGAUGGACGACGAUGCCAACGGCGACGUGGACGUGGAAGAAAGCGACGAGUUCCUGAGGGAGGACCUCAAUUACCACGACCCAACAGUGAAACACAGCACCUUCCAUGGUGAGGAUAAGCUCAUCAGCGUGGAGGACCUGUGGAAGGCAUGGAAGUCCUCAGAAGUGUACAACUGGACCGUGGAUGAGGUGGUGCAGUGGCUGAUCACGUACGUGGAGCUGCCUCAGUACGAGGAGACCUUCCGGAAGCUGCAGCUCAGCGGCCAUGCCAUGCCGAGACUGGCUGUGACCAACACCACCAUGACAGGGACGGUGCUGAAGAUGACAGACCGCAGCCACCGGCAGAAGCUGCAGCUGAAGGCCCUGGACACGGUGCUCUUCGGGCCUCCUCUCUUGACGCGCCACAACCACCUCAAGGACUUCAUGCUGGUGGUGUCCAUCGUCAUUGGCGUGGGCGGCUGCUGGUUUGCCUACAUCCAGAACCGAUACUCCAAGGAGCACAUGAAGAAGAUGAUGAAGGACCUGGAGGGCUUACACCGAGCCGAGCAGAGUCUGCACGACCUGCAGGAAAGGCUGCACAAGGCCCAGGAGGAGCACCGCACAGUGGAGGUGGAGAAGGUGCACCUGGAGAAGAAGCUGCGUGACGAGAUCAACCUCGCCAAGCAGGAAGCCCAGCGGCUGAAGGAGCUGCGGGAGGGUACGGAGAAUGAGCGGAGCCGCCAGAAGUAUGCGGAGGAGGAGCUGGAACAGGUCCGGGAGGCCCUGAGGAAAGCGGAGAAGGAGCUGGAGUCUCACAGCGCGUGGUACGCCCCGGAGGCCCUGCAGAAGUGGCUGCAGCUGACGCACGAGGUGGAGGUGCAGUACUACAACAUCAAGAAGCAGAACGCCGAGAAGCAGCUGCUGGUGGCCAAGGAGGGGGCUGAGAAGAUAAAAAAGAAGAGAAACACACUCUUUGGCACCUUCCACGUGGCCCACAGCUCUUCGCUGGACGAUGUGGAUCAUAAAAUCCUAACAGCUAAGCAAGCUUUGAGCGAGGUGACAGCAGCACUGCGGGAGCGCCUCCACCGCUGGCAGCAGAUAGAGAUCCUCUGCGGCUUCCAGAUCGUCAAUAACCCCGGCAUCCACUCCCUGGUGGCCGCCCUGAACAUAGACCCCAGCUGGAUGGGCAGCACGCGCCCCAGCCCGGCCCACUUCAUCAUGACGGACGACGUGGACGACAUGGAUGAGGAGAUUGUGUCGCCCUUGUCCAUGCAGUCCCCCAGCCUGCAGAGCAGCGUCCGGCAGCGCCUGACGGAGCCACAGCAUGGCCUGGGAUCUCAGAGGUUGGUGGAGGGGGAGGCUGGCCACCUCUUGACCAGCCGGGUCUCUCUGCGGAGAAUGCGCAGCCUUUCCUCCGGACAGUCUUUCAGUUCUGAAGGCCUCGGGACCAGCGCUCCAGCAGCCUCUGCUUCUUCCUCCUGCUCCUCUGCCGCCACCGCCACCACUGCCACCACCACCUCCUCCUCCACCACCUCCACCUCCAUCACCUCCAUCACCACCGUCCACGUGCACCCUGUCUAUCACCACCACAGCACCUCCUAUUUCCUCCAGACGGGGCCCUGCCCCGACCUGCCCCAUCCUGACAGCGCCGCCGCGAUGCCUUGGCACUCAGAGAGCUUGGGGGAUUUGACCCAUUCCGAUUCGGAGUCCUCCCUCCACACGAGUGACCGCCAGCGUCUGGCCCCCAAGCCUCCUCCGAUGGUCCGUGCUGCAGACGAGGCGUUCAGUGCCAUGCCUUCCAACGGCAGCCACCGGCUGAUGGAGGGGCUCCACCCUGGCGCGCUGGUGGAGAGACUGCCCGACAGCCCUGCCCUGGCCAAGAAGACACUGCUGGCGCUGAAUCACGGGCUGGACAAGGCCCACAGCCUGCUGGAGCUGAGCUCCUCGGCCCCGCCGAGUGGCUCUCCACCUCUGGAUUCCUCCCGUUCUCACAGCCCCAGUCCCCUAGACGCAGACACGCCGUCGCCCGCGGGGGACAGCCGGGCCCUGCCAGCCAGCCGCAACACACGCAUUCCCCACCUGGCUGGCAAGAAGGCUGCGCCUGAGGAGGAUAACGGCUCCACUGGCGAGGAGACAGACUCCAGCCCAGGCCGCAAGAAGUUUCCCCUCAAGAUCUUUAAGAAACCUCUUAAGAAAUAGGCAGGAUGAGGGUGGCAGUGGCGGGACAGCUCGUCCUUCCCGGGUCUUCUGCCUCCUCUUCCCUCCCUUCCAAGACACCGAGCCCCCAGGCGGGGGCAUGGGAGGGGCUGGCCCCGGGGCCUGGGCACUGUACAGACCGCCCCCGCACCCUUGGGGCCUUCCACAUUAUUUAUUACCCGACCACCGCCGCCUGCCUGCCCUGCCUCCCUCCCAGCCAGAGGCUGCUGCUGUCACCCCCUCUCCACUUCAGUGCAUGUCUUAGUUGCUGUCCCCGCAGCUCCCAGCUCCUCCUCGGGGGUCCGGCUUCUGUCUCUCUCUGCUGUCCCAGUUUUGAGGUUUGGUUUCUCGUUUCUCUCUGCCUCCUGCUUUCAGGCUCCUCCCUCCCACCCCUCCCCGACUUCCCCCAGCAGCUGGGGGAGGAGAGGGGGCGUAACUUCUGACACCUGUGCCUCAGAUCUCUUCCACCCCAUCAGGAGGGUUCUGUUUGCCCCAGACCAGGGGCCCAGGACCUGAUAUUUGAGGUUGGUUCUUUGGGAGUGUGGUGGGCCAGAGGGAACCUUGGCCUGGAGUUCACUCAGGCCUCCGGCGGCCCACAGGGCAGCGAAACCAGUUCCCAGACUGCAGGCCACUAGAGGGCUUGGAAGAGAGGCCAGGCUAGGGGCCAGGUCAGGAGAGACUUGUCGUAGCUGGAGGAUGAGUGGAAGCCAGAGAUGGGGGCUACGAGGCAGUCACCUUCUCUCUCUCUCCUCUCACCCACACCUGCCUCUUUCUCAUCCCUGCUCCCCACCCUGCAGGAUGGUUUGUCUGUCAGAGGUGCUGCCCAAGUGCUCCCUAGGCAUCAAGACUCCUGAGGCUCUGGACAGUCGGCUCCCCUCGUCAUGGGAGCCUCAGCCACGACACAGGGGCUGUCACGGGGCCUUGGAGCUGCUGGGCAGCAUGUUGUUGCAUUUGAACCAAAAGACAGUUUCAAAUUGAAAAAUGAAAUAAUCUGAAUUUCCCAAGUGCCUGCACCAUGCACUCCCCUUGUCAGAGCCCGUUUUCAUGUUACGGCAUAGCCUGGGCCAGAGGCUCAGAAGGGACACAGCCAGCUUAGGGAAGGGGUGGCCAAGGAAAAUGGUAUAGGUCAAGGCGGCUGUGCGACCACCUCCCCCUGCCCUUCCCACCCCCAGACAACUCUCUCCCUCACCUGUUUUUGCUGUGGCUGUAAAGGUAUUUCCCCUCUGCCCUACUCUCUGCCAUGUCUUUACCCUGGGAUCCUGUUUGGGGCCUGGGGUAGGGGUUCCUGGGGCUGGUCUUAGGAGGGUGCUAGGCUGCAGACUGCCUUGUACCCCCUGGACACCCUCACAUGGGUUUUUCUGUGUUAUUUCAUAAGACUCUUUGAAGUCCAAUAAAGCAUGUAGGAGAUUUUAA